UCCGGAUAUGUAGCUGAUGAAGACAGCAUGUCGCAGGGACUUCCUGUUUUGCAGUCUGUCAACGUUAUACAAAGGUCCCUAUUCACUCAUCUACUCAGAUAAUCUACUCGGAACACUCAGACAGGAGUUGUCGGUCCCACGUCUGGAUCCACCAUGGAGCCCAUAAUGAAUCACAUUUGGCCGAGAGUCUUCCAGCGGCUCUACAGAACCUCAGUACUUGCCAGGAGGACCCAUUCAGGAUGUGCUGAACAGGCCACUGUUCCCGCCUCCACCAACUCCAAACGCAUCAAACCCACACUCCUGGUGUCCCGCCUCUACCAGCCCUCAAACCUGCGUGAUGUGGGGCCGGACAGCCGGCUGCAGGGAGAGAUGACUUGUAAGAGUCAAAGGCUCAUGCAGCAGGCCGGGCUCAUCCAUCCGUCCAAUCCCGGUUGUUACUACUACCUUCCUGCCAUCGUCCGCUCCAUGGAGAAGCUGGUGAGAGUAAUUGACCAAGAGAUGCAGGGGAUCGGUGGGCAGAAGUUGGACAUGCCCAGCUUGUGCUCCGCUCAUCUCUGGAAAACCAGUGAGCGCUGGGACUUGAUGGGAAAGGAGCUGUUCCGCCUGAAAGACCGCCACGGAGCCGAGUACUGCUUGGGUCCCACGCAUGAGGAGGCGGUGACGACUCUGGUCGCUCACCAGACGACUCUCUCCUACAGACAGCUCCCUCUGCUUCUCUAUCAGAUCACUCGCAAAUUCCGAGAUGAACCAAAGCCGAAGUUUGGUCUGCUCCGAGGGAGGGAGUUCUACAUGAAGGACAUGUACUCAUUUGAUGUGAGUGAAGAAGCAGCUUACGAGACCUAUGAAUCUGUGUGCCAGGCAUACACCAGGCUCUUUGCUCGGCUGGGUCUGCGUUGCGUUCAGGUGCAGGCGGAUACGGGCAACAUCGGCGGUAAACUCUCCCACGAGUUCCAGCUGCCAGCAGACAUCGGCGAGGACCGGCUUCUGGUCUGUGGACGCUGCUCCUUCUCUGCUAAUGUAGAGACCAUGUCAUCAGACAGAACUGACUGCCCACAGUGCAAAACUGGCAAGCUGGUCGAGUCAAAAGGUAUAGAGGUCGGCCACACCUUUUACCUGGGUAAAAAGUACUCUCAUAUAUUCAGUGCCACCUUCAGCAAUGCACAGAACAAGCCUGUUAUUGCAGAGAUGGGCUGCUAUGGUCUUGGGGUAACCCGUAUUCUCGCCGCAGCCAUUGAAGUUUUGUCAACAGAAGAGGGGAUUCGCUGGCCAGGCCUUCUCGCCCCUUACCAGGUGUGUGUUUUACCCCCAAAGAAGGGCAGUAAGGUGGAUGACGCGGCAGUUUUAGCAGAGGAACUGGUUCACACUUUGGGAGAGAGCGGGCCUCAUUUGAGAGGUGAAGUUGUUCUUGACGACCGCACACAAAUGACCAUUGGAAAGAGGCUGAAGGAUGCCAGCAGCCUCGGCUACCCGUAUGUUAUCGUAGUAGGACAGGGAGCUCUGGAGGAAACACCCAGGUUUGAGGUGAUUUGUCAGGAGACAAGUGAGACAAUGUUUCUCAGUAAAGAUGGACUAUUAGAUCUUCUGGGAAGAGUGGAAACUGUGUGAAUAACAACUCUGAAAGUGAAAAUGCACGUUUUAUUUUAUGUUUGUUGGUAUGAUGCAAUCAGUGAGGUGGUGGGUGAAGAACAGAAAAGCCUUAUAUGUUUUUGGUCUAAGAGGACUGGGAGUUUAUUUAUGUAAACUUUAAAUUUACCAACUGUCACGACAAAAGUUCCAUAUUGAACCUUUGGGAUAUUAAAUUGCAUUUGGUUCUUGUUGUAAUAAACAAGAAUUGUUCAAUUU